AUGCAGAGAAUAUUAGACAAACACCACUUCAGAAACAAACAGAAAGAGAUAGAAUACAUUUCGAAGAAAUUGCAAUCUUACGAUUGGAAGACUUACCCUCAUAGAUGUCUUCUUAUCUUAGAUGACUUUGCUUCUCAUCCUUUGUUAAAGAACAGAGAACAAGAUAUGUGUCGAAUUCUUAAGAAGCUCAGACACUUUAACAUUGCAGUCGUAAUAUGUGUACAGACAGCAAAGAGUUUAAGUAAGGAUGUUAAAAGAAUACUUACUGACAUAAUACUUUCCCCGGAUUGUCCGAAGACGAUUUCAUGGAACUUAUGA